UUCAAAUCUUUAUAGGAACUAUUCUCAAAAACUACUUCGAUGGUACCAAAUAUGGAUGUUGGUCAAUCCUCUCAGUUCGGUGGAGUUGAUCAUUCUCCACACCAUGACAGUGCUUAUGAACAACAGAGGAUGAAUGCACUUGAUAAUGAAGAUUUUCCUAAUUAUUAUGAGUCAUCAUCAAGUGAUGACGAUGAAAUAGCUAAUAAUGCAGAGGUAACCGAUGAUGAAGAUGAUGAUGAUGAUGUUCAAGUUGGUAUGACCAACAAUAUUCCUCAAAGCCAAAACCAACAAGAACCAAUGCACCACCACGUACCACCACCGAUGGCUGAAAACCCAACUUCUGAAAGCCCAAUUCAGUGGCAUUCUAACAAUAUCCCUUAUCUUGACAGCCUGCAGGGUCGUGAUGAUGCAUUUGUCUUCACAAGAGAAGAUUAUGAUAGUCGCCUAAAAAUCUGAAUUGAACCAAAGGAUCUCAACAAAGAUCGAUGCUACCUUGCAAAGGAAAUAUUGUUCGCAUCCAAAAAGGCAUUGCAACGGGCUGUCAAAAUUUAUUGUUUUAAGGACAUGAGGGAGUUUAAGGUUGAUCAGUCAAACACAAAGAUAUGGA